CAGGAGCACCUGAGCAGGAGUUGAGACUUGGAAAGUACCAGAAUGUUUUGUUGCUGUGACCAGGGCAAAAGAAGUCACCAGUGACAUUGACAGCUGGCUGGAAAAUUUCUUCUCCCUGUUCAACAUCUUCAACUGCCAUGAAGAGUGUGUUCCAUGCUCCAAACAUCCAAAUGUACGGAAUUUUUAGGCUCCACCGUUUGUCCGAAAUGAAGCAAUGGAUCUACAAACUCAUUGGUCUCUUCUUCAGUUAUCUGUCCUGGGCUUUUGGUGUGAGCCUUGUCAACAGCAGAUCCUGGCGCGUGUGGGAAUUCGACAGCCAGACUGUGCCUUUUGUGUUCAUUGGAUUUUGGGAAGCCUUCUAUUACGAAAAAGUUAACAUCGCUGGUUCAGUAACACAGGUGCCGAUGCAUAGCCCUAUCAAUGGCAGCUGGGUCAUUUCGACUGAGAUUGAAUAUGGGCGGGACCUGAUAUUGUUGCCUAGCUUUAUGAAGACGACUGUUCUGAUCUUCAGCACAGUGGCCAUUCUGGUCAGCUGGAUCAAGGCACCAUACCUAGAGUUCAUCCAAAUGUGUUACAAAAUAUCUGUCUUCUUCCUUUUCACCAGCUGUGUCUGUACCUUUACUGUAGUGAUCUGGAAUUUCACUGUGGAUUUUUAUGGACAAAGCACUCUUGACUUUCCCCUUAACUUUCCUGUUGACAAAGAAAUCCUGAUAAGGAAACACUUCAGCUUUGUGUUUCCAGUAGGAAUCUCAACAGCCACUCUAUCACUAAUAAGCGCCAUCAUGUUUCUCUGUGAGUUAUGUUUAGCUGGCCGGGGGCACCGACAGAAAACUGAAAGAAACAGUGCAGUCUUCAGUUCUUGUGGGAACUACCGUCUCCAGAAGUCCGAGGCAGGCAUGCACAGAGUUGUCAUGAUGCGAGGCUUGACAGGAUCCAGUGGAGAGUCCAACUUUGUGAUUGUGGACUGUUUCCUCAAAGCCUGCAGGGGAGCAGGGAGCUCCUUGCAGAGGAUUCUUGUGCGCAUGCCUAGUGUCUUGAGGAUGGACAAGACACCGCUUGCUUCUGUGGAAAUGAACGUGCCAUGUAUCACUUUGAUGCCCACGGGGGAAGUUCUGUCGUUCUGCGGCGUGGCGUUGUUAGAGUCCAAAAACAUCCACUGCCCCAAGAGUGACUCCAAGAGGCACUCUCAUGCAAUCAGCAUAGGGCUUAUUGUUCAGUCCAGCAUGCGGGGGGCCCCUGAUCAAACAAGCGGCACCCAAGAGAAAAUGGUUUUUGCGGAGCUGAGCCAUGUUAUCCCUAGCAACCCCUGUUUUAUCUACAUAGAAACAACAUUCUCCUCUAAGGGCAGCACAUAA